AUGGAUUGGCACAGUGGUAGUAGCCAUGGGCUGAAGCGAUUCACGCCUCACGUGGUCCUGGAGCGGCGCUCCGCGCUCGGGUUGGAGCCGCUACAACGGGCGGGGCGGGGCCUGGCAAGUUUCUUUCCAGAGUUCGGAGUGGUGGAGCCCCACGGCUGCUACGCAGGUGCCCUGGGCCUGGAUCAGUAUGGAGCUGCCCGCCGUGAACCUGAAGGUGGUGAAGGGCAGGGCGGGGCGGUGGUAGCCACGCCGAGGGCGGGGCGGCGGGUGUCUGAGAACGCUAUCCUCCUGGUCCACUGGUUGCUGACGACGUGGGGUUGCCUCUUGUUCUCGGGCUCCUAUGCCUGGGCCAACUUCAGCAUCCUGGCCUUGGGCGUGUGGGCUGUUGCUCAGAGGGACUCCAUCGAUGCCAUAAGCAUGUUUCUCGGUGGCUUGGUGGUCACCAUCAUCCUAGACAUCAUCCAUAUCAGCAUCUUCUACCCACUGGUAGCCCUCACGGACACAGGCCGCUUUGGGGCUGGAAUGGCCAUCCUGAGCUUACUCCUCAAGCCUUUUUCUUGUUGCCUUGUCUACCACAUGUACCGGGAGCGUGGUGGGGAGUUCCUGCUCCAUGUCGGUUUCCUUGGACCCUCGCCAGAGCGCAGUGCCUACCAGACAAUUGACACACCAGAAGUGUCCAGCGACUCCUUUGCAGGCCCAGAGAACAGGGAUCAGGCGUCCCGAAAAUACUGA